GAAGCGCUGAAUGAAACUCGAUUUCACCUUGUUGAGAAGAACUACCGUGAGAUAUUGGCCUCAGUUGACUAACUGAGAUAAUUUGUAGGUCAACUCUAUAAUAUUUACGCUAUUGUAAAUUAUGUCCAUUUGAAAUAGCGUUGAGUCAAAGGAAAGACAGGGAUCUAGAGAGUACCAGCUAACGUUAACAGUAGCUAAUAGUUGUAGCAGCGUAGCUACUUGCAGGCCACAAUCCGCAAGACCACAUUACCUAGCUAGCUAGCUAGCAUGAACAUUUGAUUUUAGUUUACAUUGUUUCCUCUAGAUAUUAACGUUAUUUAAUUCAUGUUGAUAAAGCUCGUUUUUAACUCCGCUAACCUUAACUAUCUAGUCAAGUUUUUGAUACGCCAUGCGGUUGUUUUGCCAAUGAAUGAAUACGCUAUAUUAGCCUCCGCUUGUAGUUAGAGAUGGGUGUUAUGUUUGUAUUUGUAAACAACUUGCUACGUUAGCUAUCGAACUACGCACGCUAACAGCAAAAAACGUUUGUUUCAGCUACAGAAGUUUGAUAAUGGGAAUAAAACUUCAGCGUCCACGCUGCUUCUUUGACAUUGGCAUCAGUAACGUGCUGGGUAAGAAGACCGUUUUUCAAUUUUGAUCUUACCAUCCAGUUAAUCAUAUCUCAGAAAUUUAGAGAUGCUUUACUAAAAUGUGCACAAACAUGCUUUCUCUUGCAGUUGGCAGAGUUGUGGUAGAAUUGUUUUCUGAUGUCUGCCCCAAAACCUGUGAGAACUUCAGAUGCCUCUGCACAGGUAAUUUACUUUCUCUUGCCUUGGUCUGACAUUAGUGUGCCAUCUUUAGAUUAUGCACAAAUUGUCAUCUCUGUUUUGACUCAAACUUUACUUUCUGUGUAGGCGAGAAAGGAAUUGGAAAAGGUACACAAAAACCUCUGCAUUACAAAGGAUGCCUAUUCCACAGAAUUGUGAAGGACUUCAUGAUUCAAGGAGGAGACUUCAGUGAAGGUAUAUGAAAUAUGUGUUUGCCUUAAACAACCUAAAUGUAGAAAUAUUUUAUUUCCAGAUAUUCUAAUAUCUAUAUUCCUUCUGUAAAUCAGGCAAUGGAAAAGGAGGGGAAUCUAUCUAUGGAGGAUUCUUUGAAGGUAGGACUCUACAGAUUGUGUUCAAUAUUCUAAUCAAAACCAGCCUCAAGGAAUAACUAAUGGCCUGUCUGUAUCUUAGAUGAAAGCUUCUCUGUCAAACAUAACAAGGAGUACCUCCUGUCAAUGGCAAACAGGGGUAAAGAUACCAAUGGAUCGCAGUUUUUCAUGUAAGUCAAUCAAUGUUAAAAUAAUUUUAAAGGCCUUUGCUAUUAUCAGUUGGUCAUUCAUAAAUCGAGCAUCUUGAGUGAACCAAAACCUACAAAAUUAUGUUUGACUCUCAUUCUAAUCUUCUGCUCAAAUUUUUUAAUCCUGGUCUACAGAACAACAAAACCCACACCACACUUGGAUGGGUAAGUUAUAGUAUUUGGACAAGCAUUGCAACCUAGUUUGACAAUCUAUUGGCCCUCCUGUAGCUCAGUUGGUAGAGCAUGGCGCUUGCAACGGUUGUGUGUUCGAUUCCCACGGGGGCCAGUAUGAAAAAUGUAUGCACUCACUAAUUGGAAGUCGCUCUGGAUAAGAGCAUCUGCUAAAUGACUAAAAUGUAAAUUGGAUCACUAACAAUACAACUUCAUGACUGUAAGUCACUUUGGAUAAAAGCAUCUGCUAAAUGGCAUUAUUAUUAUUAUUAUUGAAUGGUCUUUUGCUAAUAAGAGCAUGUUAGAUAAAUAGCGAUCUGUUCUUCAUUGUUAUCACCUGUUAUAACUUGCUGAUUUUGUUCUAGUGUCCAUGUGGUUUUUGGCCAAGUGAUCUCUGGCCAAGAGGUCGUUCAAACAAUGGAGAGUCAAAAGACAGAUGCCGGCAGUAGACCAUACUCUGAAGUGAAAGUUAUGAACUGUGGCGAGCUCAUUCCAAAGUCAAAAGGUUUGUAGGAUAAAUAAAAAAAAAGGCAAGGUGUUUUAAGCUUGUUAUUGCUUUAGAUUGGAGAUCUUGGACUGUCUUAUUAUCAGGAUCAGAACUUUUAAAGGUAUCCUAAGCACUUAUGUUAAGUCUCCUCUACCAUUUUUACAGCAAAAAAAGAAGAGAAAAAAAGACAACAGGCCGUCUCCAGUGGCAGCGACAGCUCAAGUGACUCUGACAGUUCUGACGACUCCUCUUCUGAAUCUGAGGGUGACUCUGAUAAAGAAUCCAAGAAACGGAAGAAGAGGCACAAGAAAGAGUCCAAGAAAAAGAAGGACAAGAAACAGAAGAAGAAGAAAGAUAAAAGGUUUGUAGCUUAACUGUUUUAAUGUGUUUCGUAGCAUGUGAACUCUCACAACAGCCUUCAUUAGAGCAUAAGUUUUAAGUCUGGUCUGUAAGGCCGUCAUAGUAAAUAAGAAUUUGUUCUUAACUGACUUGCCUAGUUAAAUAAAGGUGUGUGUGUAUAUAUAAAUAUAUAUUUUUAAAUGUCUGUAGGUCUGAGCCUGGCAGUGGUGAUGAGAAAGAGGAAGAGGUUACGUCUACGGUACGACCAGAGGAAAUCCCCGUUAUCCCAGAAAAUAGUUUCCUUAUGAGGAGAAGUCCUCAGCAGCAAAAAGAUGAGGCUGGAAAGGAGAGGGAAAAAAAGAGGGAGAGGGAAAAGCCUAGGGAGAGGUGAGUUCAUGGACAAGACUGAACAACAUUCCAGUUCAUUCUGAACCUUUACAACUGGGAACUACAGUGUAUUCAUGUCAAUUAAUUUUUGCUUUGUUGCAGAAUGUUUAAUUCUCAGUCAGCAUAUCAGAGGAGACUUCUGAUGACAAGAUCAGGCAGGACGAUUAAAGGCAGAGGUCCAAGAGUAAGUGCACUGUCAAACAAGUACAGUACUAUCAUACAGUUUCUGCGAAACAAGGGUCUAGAAAGUUAAUGUUAAUUUAAUCAAUUUCUUGCAGCGGUACCGAACUCCGUCACACUCCAGGUCAAGGUCAAGGGACCGUUUCCAGCGCAGCGAGACUCCUCCACACUGGCGCCAGGAGAUGCAGCGUGCACAAAGGGCACCAAGAGCAUCCAGCGGAGACCGUUGGAUCAAGGGUGACAAGUAAGUCUUACUUUUUUAUUUUUAGUAUUUGAACUGCCGGUGCUGGACUGAUCAGGCUGUUGAAGUAUAAAGCAGCUUAUUAUUAUCUAGUUAAGCAGCUUAUCAAGUAUUGCCUAAUUUCUCCUAUUGCCAAAAGUGAUCAUCAGCCAAGGGCCAGUUAUUUAAGGUCUAUUCAAAGAGUCUUAACUUGGAUUGUGCAUUUGCUGUGGGGGUGACUUUACUCUGUAUUUAUGUUGUAGGGGUGACAUGACAGAGGACAGGAAUGAGAGUGGCAUAGCUCCAAGAGGAAGAGAGAGGAAGACCUCUGAAAACAAGCAUGAAAACGCUGCUGGAAACCCUAGUAAAAACAGAGAGGAGAAGAAAGGUCGCUCCCAUAGAUCGAAGAGCAAAGAAAAGGACCAUUCUAAAACUGAAGACAAACACAAGGCAAAGAAGGUCAAAUCUCGAAGCCGCAGUAAGAGCAAAGAGAAAAGUGCUAGGUCCAAAAGUAGAGAGAGGGAUCAUAAACAUAGCAAAGGGGAUGAUAAGAGGGGAAGAAGAAGCAAGGACCGAGACCUCAAUAAAGAAAAAGCCACAGAGUCUGGAACUCAAGACAGUGAUAGAAGUAAAGAACGCGCUAAACCCACUGCGGCUGACAAGAACCGAGAGGAGACCAAAGGAAGCAAUGGUGAGAAGCUCAAGGCAAAGUCUAGAAGCAAGGAGAGGAACUCUGGAAAGGACAGAAACCGAUCUAGCAGCAGAAGCAGGGACAGGGGGAGACAUGCAUCAUCUCGAGACAAAGAGCAAGGACGGGACAGAGAGCGAGGUAGGGAGCGCAGUAAGAGCAAUGAAAGACUGCGUCACAGAGAGAGAGAGGACAAGAGGAGAGGUAGAUCCAAGAGCCGAGACCGGACAAGGAGUCCAGACAAGAGUAAGAGCAGAGACUCCCGUAGAGGCAGGCGCUCCCGGAGUAAGAGCAACAAUCGAGAUCAUAGCAAAGAAUGUUCAUCUCAUCAGAGGAAGAACAGAGACAGGGAAGACACUCGCAGACGAAGGAGGUCCAAGAGCAGCAACUCUGAGAGCGAAGGGGCGGGCAAAGGGAAGGACAGGGGUAGAAAGAGCCCCAUCUCCAAGAAGAAAAGGGAGGGCAGCCCAGAAAAGGUGUCCUCUCACAAGUCCAAAGACGCAGGGAAAAGCCCUGAACGGAAUCAAAAGUCAAAGAGCCAAGAGAAGGAUAAAAACCACAGCAAGAAAAAUAAGUACAGCUCAAGUUCUGAUGACAGUGAUUAGUCCAGUAAAUAUUCACUCUUGUCCAUUAUCAAACUGAAAAAUUCACACGUUUAUGCCUAAUAAUGUGGGAGGUUCUGCUGUAGAACGAUUUUAGACAAUAGAUACCACAACAGAUCCAGUUCUGGAAUAUUUGUACAAAUUAAGAUUUCAUAAGUUUUGACUGCUAAGAGACAUUUUAGUUUUUUGGGGGGGGGUUCAGUCAGACUAAUUUUCCAAAUGUUGGGAAUGUAAUGGUCAGUGGAGUAAGGAAGUGGUGAAAUGACUGAACAGGUGACUGUAGGAAGGAACGUUUCUGCCAUUAAAAUGUUUGUCAGGUUUCUUUUUUCUUUUUUUUGUCUGGUCUCGUACUGAGGGGACGUGUUAUUCCUGUGGGAUAAUUGUAGUGGAAGGGAUGAGUUUGAUGUCCUGUGUUGUAUUCUUUCUGGGCUUAAUGCAUAACUUAACUAAUAUUACAUGGAUACAUCACCAGUAUGAUUAAUCAUGGAUAUUUUAAACAUUUUGAGUGUUUGAAUUACCAACCAUCUCAUUAUUUGUCACAGAACAUAUUGUAAGUGCUACAUAUGAAAUGAUUGUCUGACUUAAGUGUAGAUGUCAGGAGAGAAUGCUCAAUUUGAUUUGAAGGGCUGAUAAGAGCUCAGACAUUUUGUAAAAUUAUUGUGGUGUUACAAAUACCAUUUAAUUGUUUACCUGGCUGUUUCAGGGAACCAUAACUUUUUCCUGACCUCAGUCUCA